UCCAUCCCCAAGCCAGCUGCCCCAUAUUUAUUGUUUUAUUAUUAUGACUAUUAUUUUAUGGCCUAAUCGUUUAAAUCUAAAAAAGAUAUGUUGUUACUAAUUAUUGAUAAUCAAAGAGACCCGUCUCCAUCUGUUUCAGGAGUUCCGGUCAUCUGCACCGCCGUAACAGCACGGUAUCGCAGCCGCUCGGCGGAAGAAAGCCACGUCCCGUGCCGCCGCUACCUGGGGUGAGGCGGAGCUAAUAUUAAAAGGGUGGCGGUGGAACAUCCGAACUCAACCUCUCCAUGGAAUAGUCUAGAUGCCGGCCGAGUCGGCGCUGGAAUUCAUUAAGUGAAGAGUUAUCCCUGAAAUCUGACGGGGAGGGUGGGGGUGUGCCGUAGCGGAAACGUCCUCGUCGGCGGGCGCGGAGCCACGUGGAGGGGCGGCCUCCCUCCAGGCGAUGAGGUUGAAUCGAGACAUCUCCACCUCUUUUCCUCCGAAUAUGUCGGUGAGGGAACGGAAUAGAGAAACAAGGGGCCAAAAGAGAGAGAGGGGGAGAGUGGGGAUCGAGAUGGAGGGCGGGUGCUGUUCCACGAGCGAGGAGACGAGAAAGCCAGCUGCGGGUGCGGUGAAGGAGCGGCCGUACAGAGGGGUCCGGAUGAGGAAGUGGGGGAAGUGGGUGGCGGAGGUACGGGAGCCCAGGAAGCGGUCACGGAUAUGGCUGGGGUCCUACUCCACCCCCGUGGCGGCGGCCCGGGCCUACGACACCGCCGUUUUUUACCUCCGAGGCCGCUCCGCGCGCCUCAACUUUCCCGAGGAGCUCGCCGCCGAGGAGGACUGCGAGGCGGCCACCGCCGCCGCCGGAGGCAUGUCCGCCGCGUCCAUCCGGAAGAAGGCCACCGAGGUUGGGGCCAGGGUGGAUGCUCUCCAGACCAGCCUCCUCUCCCAGCCACAGCAGCAGCAGCAGCAGAGUCGGUCACCGCGCGCGCCAAAGUAUCCGGAUCUCAAUCAGGAGCCCAGCCCCGAGAGCUCCGACAUGGAUUAAUUUGUCCGACAAGGAGAAAGAGUUAGCUUUAACUUAUCUUAUAAUAGGUCGCAAACUUUCUUGUGCUCGAUCGUCCAUCGGUUAGCGAACCGACCGUCGCUGGCGAUGGCGGCACCGUAGAAAAAGCAAGUCUUUAAUUAGUUUUUUUUUUUUUUUUUAAGACUUUCUUCAUAUUGAUAUACAAUUGAGCUUAGCUGUUUGUUUCUUAUUUUUCCUUGCUUUCUUUUACGUUUUUCAUUUUCGAAUCAAGUAGAGGACUGGGGAAGUAGUUUAGCCAAACUUAAGGUGCAGGUUUCGGAGAGAGGGGCAGGGGAUGGGGAUGGAUGGAGAUGAGGUGUCUCUGUGGAUGACAUGCUUGUGGAAGACAACUUUUAUUAGCGAAGAACGAAGGGAAGGAGGACUUUGGGCUCAGUUGGUAACGAGGUGACCGUCAACCAUUUGGUAGGUAAUACGGUAGCUCUGAUGCAAAGAAUGAUCGAGGAUGAAAAGAGAGGGGGUUCCUCGAGCACAGCCUUCUUUGUGUUUGAUGUUUGACUUCCACGUUCUAGCGGCGGUGGCUUCAACUCAAACAAUCUGUGGCGGUGUGUUUGAGUGAGAGAGAGGAGGAAGCGGUGGUGGGGCGGAGUGGGCCGCCUAGCUAAAUUGGCGGACCAUGCCCAUAUAUGUAAACUGGAAGUCGCGAUCAAUGCGUGUGUAGAAUCUUCAGUGCAUUGCAUGUGGUAGGCAGGUGUUACUGCUCUCUUUGAUUAGGCCAGCUUUUUGGAUCUCACUUUGUGGGGUUCCAGAACCAGAACGGCAGGACCCAGUUUGGUCGGUCGGUCGAGAAAUUACCCAACUUUUUGAAUUGGAAUCCGGGUGGGUGUGUGUGUGUGUGUGGGUCAGUAUCACGAGUCCCUGUUCUUGGCUGGUGCAUUCUGUAGAGGAUUUAGGAUUCCUUCUGGCACCGAAUGAUCUCCGAGUUGUAGCUGGUGACUUGUCGUUUUGUAUUGCAUCAUCUAGGAUCCGCCUUUGGUUCUCUUAAAAAUCAAUUCAAUGGUGAUUUUAUCAGAACGGAAUCUCGUUCUUGUCCCUGAAUGUU